AUGGGACACACUAACAAUGUAACAGAAUUUGUCCUUCUGGGCCUUACUCAGAAUCCUAAGGGGCAGAAAGUAUUAUUUGUCAUGUUUCUACUCAUCUACAUUGUGACUGUGGUUGGCAAUCUGCUCAUUGUGGUGACUGUCACCGCCAGUCCCUCUCUGGGCUCACCCAUGUACUUCUUCCUUGCUUCUCUCUCACUCAUGGAUGCUGCUUAUUCCACUGCAAUUUCCCCCAAAAUGAUUUCAGAUUUACUUUUUGACAAAAAGACUAUUUCCUUCCCAGCUUGUAUGGGCCAGCUCUUCAUAGAACACUUAUUUGGUGGUGCUGAGGUCUUCCUUCUGGUGGCGAUGGCCUAUGAUCGCUACGUGGCCAUCUGUAAGCCACUGCGCUACUUGACCAUCAUGAAUCGACAAAUCUGCAUCUUGCUGCUGGUGGUGGCCUGGGCUGGAGGCUUUAUGCACUCUGUGGUUCAACUUCUCUUUGUGUACAGCCUCCCCUUCUGUGGUUCCAAUGUCAUCGACCACUUUGCCUGUGACAUAUACCCAUUAUUGGAACUUGCCUGCACUGACACCUUCUUUAUAGGCCUCACCAUGGUUGCCAAUGGUGGAGCAAUCUGCAUGGUCACUUUCAUACUUCUACUCAUCUCCUAUGGGUUCAUCCUAUACUCCCUAAAAACUCACAGUCAGGAAGGGAGGCACAAAGCCUUGUCUACCUGCAGCUCCCACAUCAUGGUGGUUGCACUUUAUUUCUUCCCCUGUAUUUUCAUGUAUGUUAGACCUGUUUCCAACUUUCCCAUUGAUAAAUCCAUAAGUGUGUUUUUUACGGUAAUCACUCCCCUGUUGAAUCCUUUAAUAUACACUUUGAGAAAUUCUGAGAUGAAACAUGCUAUGGGAAAACUCUGCUGUAAAAAUUUAACUAUAGGUAGAAUAAGACUAUGUCACCCACACUGA